UGUAGAUGUGGCCAUUUGCGGGCACGGAGCACAGGUCUGUGCUGUGCCUGGGCCUCGCCCGAGGUCCGAGCCGGCCGGGCUGCGCUCCUGCUUCUAAGCCAUGACAGACUUCUCUAUGGUGUACCUCCAAAGUACAUUCCAAAUUCAUCUACCUCUCUGGAAGGCCACCAGCCUAAGUCCAGCCACAAGGAUACUUGUGGCUCAUUGUGCACACUCCUUGGCCAUACUCACGUAGAGCAUUUGAGGAGGCAGCGAAACAAGAUCAGGAUGGCGGGAGCACAGCGACAAGAGAAGAACAUGGCCCCAGAAACGAGGUCUGCUCAGGAAGGGGAUCCCUCCCUUGCAGCUCACAGAGGUACUCCUGACAGUCAGCCUGGGAGGGAGCCAGAGCCCCACACUUUGGAAUCGGUGCUGGAAACAAGCUGGUCUAGUGAGUCCGAGCUUUCCCAGACUUACUCAGGACUCUCUGCCUCGGGACAAACAUCAACCUCGUCUGAAAUGAUCUGGUCUUUGGGGCCUGAAGAUUCACUGCCCCAGGUCUCGAAUGCUCAGGCCUGGGAGAUGUACACUUUAGAGACCCAGGCCAGGGCUGGACAACUGCACCAAAGUUCUGCAGUGGAGGUGACACCUGUCUCAGUCCUGAAGCCGAAACCCUCGAAGGAGAAGGAAGAACUGGCCAACAGAGAAGAAAGCGAUGACUUCUUUGUUCGUCCGCUCUGGCCCAGGACGGUUGAGUACAUCCUGACCCUGAUGGGCUACAUCGUGAAGCCAGCCAAUAUCUGGAGCUCUGUGUACCUGUGGCUUCACAAAGGAGGUGGCACCUUCUUCUUCAUCUACACUGUCAUCCUGCUGAUUGUCGGGACCCCUCUGCUCUUCCUGGAGAUGGCAGUUGGUCAGAGAAUGCAUCGGAACAGCAUGGACACAUGGCAGAUCAUUGCCCCUUGGGCUGGUGGCGUAGGCUACGCCAGCUUUAUAAUGUGUUUCAUCACGAGCACGUACACGAAUGUGUUGAAUGCCUGGAUCCUCUUCUACCUGAGCCACACCUUCCAGUUCCCUCUUCCAUGGGAGAAAUGUCCCUUAUUGAAGAAUUCCAGUGACUUUGAUCCUGAGUGCGCACAGACGACACCCUCCAUGUACUUCUGGUACCAGCAGACCCUGAAGGUCUCAGACAGGAUCGAGGAUGGUGGGCUGGUGGUCUCGAGUCUCAGCCUGCCUUUCUUUGUGUCCUGGUGUCUUGUUAGUGCCUUCAUGAUCAAGGGGCUCAAGUUCCUAGGGAAGGGCAUGUUUAUCUUGAUGUCACUUUCCUAUAUCAUCUUCUUCUGCUUCUUCAUCUGGAGUCUACACCUGGAAGGGGCAAAAUACGGCCUUAAACAUUUGCUAGCUGCCAAGAUGUCGGCUGUGUAUGACCUGAGUGUGUGGUCGGUAGCAGGAGGCCAAGUUUUGUUUGAUCUGGGCCUAGGCUUUGGCCCCAUUGCCUCCUUAUCCUCCCACAUGCCCCAGUCCAACAACUGUCUCGGCGAUGCCUUUGUCAUGGCUCUGAUCUACCUGGUCACCUUGCUCUUCAUGACACCUUUCAUCCUCGCCCUCCUGGGCUUCUGGGCUACAGUCCUCACACAUCGCUGCACUGAGAAGAACAUGGAAAUGCUGUUGAUGCUGGUGAACAUGGGGAUACUGCCUCCUGAGGCUAAGCCCCCUGAUGACCUGAACAACGACCCCACCUCCACCUACAGCUCCUGGCUUAGCGGCCUCGCCCAGGAUAUCAAGAGCCUGGUGCUCAGCAAGGUGUCCAAGUGUGACAGAGAGUUGAGGAUUCUGCAGGCUAAGGAGGGCCCAGGCUUUGUAUUCCUGUCCUUUGCUGAAGCCGUAUCCUUCCUUCCUCGGUCAAUCUUCUGGUGCAUCCUCUUCUUCUUGAUGCUGCUGUUGCUAAGCUUGAGCACCACGAUAGGAUUCAUGCAAGGCCUCAUUAUCCCGCUCCAGGACCCCUCCUCUUUCCUCAGAAAACAAACCAAGCUGCUCACAGGGAGCAUCUCUAUGCUGCUGUUCCUAUGUGGUCUGUACUUCACUCGUCCCCCUGGCGUUUACAUCAUCAAGCUGGUGAGGGAAUACUGGACCCCCAUGCCCAUCAUCUUCAUCAUCAUCUGUGAAAACAUUGCCGUGGCCUGGGCCUUCAGGGCCAAGAGGUUUCUUGGAGACCUGAUGAACCUGGCGCAGGGCUUCACCCUCCGCUUCUACAGCUGGGUGUGGAGCUACUUGACUCCGGUCAUGCUGCUCGUCAUGUUUGUAGCCCUCCUGGUUCAGCGCUGUGUGAAGCCCAUCACCUACCUGGCCUGGGACUCAAGCAAUUCUACAGAGGUGACUCGAGAGUACCCGUCGUGGGCGCUGCUCUUGAUGAUCAUACUUCUCCUCAUUGUCAUCGCUCCCAUCCCUGUGUACCUCUUCUACGGCCUCGCCCACGGGAUUCCCUUCAGGCCCAGUGGUGGGGACAAGCGUGGAAAAUCCUCCACACCCCUGCGUCAGGGGAACCAGAUGAUGCCGGGUAAGGAGGCCCAAGAGAAAGAAGUUCACCAAGAUAAUAAAGGGACGUGAUGAUCAGCCAGU